AAAGAAAGGAAAUUAGGAUAAGGAUCAAGGCUGAUAUUUCUCUCCUCAGCCAUGUGUUUUGCUCUUCCUCAUCUUCUUCUUCUUCCCGACUCUUCCCCACCGAAGCUCCCCCUAAGCCACCGACUUCUUCCUCCUUUGAAAACUGGUAGAAGACUUGAAAUUUCUUCUUUCCUUCUUGUUCAAGAACUGAUUUGGGGCUUAGAAUCUUCCCUCUCAACCCAGAAAUCCCGGAUCUGCUCUGCUUCUUCCUCCCUUGUCCGUCGGGUUCUGCUGGGUUUGAAUCCUUCGGCUUUUUCUGCCGCGAGUUCCCCUGCAGAAUUUCUUCUUCUCUGCCGCCGGCUUCUCCCCCCUGCUAGGCUUGGUUUUGCUUGUUAAAUUCUGGUAUGUGACAGCCCUCCAACCCCGAAUUUGUCCGUUGAUUUGCUGCCUUGAAUCUUAAAUUUUCUGCCUUUGAUUUGCCCUUGUACUGUUCGGGAAUUUCUGUUGAAAUUGGGAAUGAAUUUUGGUAGCUUUAAGCUAUGUUUUUAAGUGUGGUUUAAGUAGAAAAUUAGCUUGAGUUGGCCUGUAGUGAUUUUUGGAGAAAACCCGUGAGAUUAUUUUGGAGGAUUGCAGUUACUGUUCAAGUCGUGGGUACUGUUCACGGGUACUGUUCACGGGUACUGUUCACACUUCGAGGGUCAAUAAUUAACGGGGAUUUAAAUGAUUAGUUUGUGAUAUAAGAAUGAAUGUGGAGAUGUCCGGUUAUGUGAAGAUUGAUAGAAAUAGCACCGUGAUUAGGGGUAGUCCCGAUGAUGAUUUUACUUUGAAUUUGUGGUAACGCGGUAUUAAUUGUGGAAUAUUGUGAUUAGGUUUUGAUCGUUUUGUCACCGUAGCGCUUGGGUUAGCCUUCGGUUCUGUGCGAGUGAGGUAAGUAAAUUAUGGUAAAGCCCUUCGAUUUCAAAGCAUGUUUUAAUUGUUUUUGAGAUGGUGGCAAGGUUUUAAUUGAUUUUAAAUUGAUUUUACCAGCACUUGAGUGUGAUUAAACUGAAAUGGAAGUUUUGAUGAUUUUAAUGAGAAUUUCAUGGUUUUUCUGGAAAUGAGCAUGAUUGAUUUGAAGGAAGAUUAUUAGUCUUUUGUAUUGAUCUGAGCACGCCUACUUGAAAUUUAAGUGAUUGUCCUGAUGAUUUGAAAGCGAUUGGUGAAUUAAGAUUUUUCUGUAAA